UCCCCCUCUGGUUCUCCAGGCCAUGACGUCAGUCCAAGGAAGGGGAUAAAGGGAAGAUCCUAAAGCAUCAGAAGAUCAGGCUGCUGCCUGCAGGAGCUGGGGACAUCAUCUCACUGACCUACAGCUGAAACCACCUCCUUCCCAUUCUCACCGCACAGAAUUCCAUUGCAAAGCCAUGCCACAGAAUGUGCUUCUCCCUGGGCCUGCUCCCUGGGGAUUCAGACUUACUGGGGGCAUUGAUUUCAAUCAGCCUUUAGUCAUAUCUCGGAUAACACCAGGAAGCAAAUCUUCAGUGGCUAACCUGUGCCCUGGUGAUGUGAUCCUUGCAAUUGAUGGCUUCAGCACAGAGACAAUGACCCAUGCAGAGGCACAAGACAGGAUUAAAGCAGCUACAGAUCAACUGUGCCUGAAAAUUGACAGGGCAGAAACAAGGAUUUGGUCACCCCAGGUCUGUGAAGAUGGGAAAUCACAUCCUUUUAAAAUAAAUCUGGAAGCUGAACCACAGGAUCUGGGAUACUUUGAGCACAAGCACAAUAUCCGGCCUAAGCCUUUCAUACUGCCAGGCCGAAGCAGUGGAAGCAGCACACCUUCUGGUUUUGACCCUGGCAGUGGACGCAGCACCCCUUCCUCCGUGAGCACAGUGAGCACUAUAGACCCUGUUGAGCUGAAAGCUGCUUCUAGGAUUGCACCUAACAUUCCCUUGGAAAUGGAGCUUCCCGGUGUGAAGAUAGUCCAUGCCCAGUUCAAUACCCCCAUGCAGCUGUAUUCUGAUGACAAUGUUAUGGAAAGUUUACAAGGGCAGGUUUCAACCAUCCUAGGAGAGGCGACCCCAAUGAGCGACCCAGUCCCUGUUCCUCAGUCAGAUGUAUACAAGCUUCUGCAUGAUGAUACAGAACAUCCCAGCAAGCCCAGGCAGUCUGGCUCAUUUAAAAUACUGCAGGACAUGGUCGACGAGGACCCUGAUCGCCCAUCAGGCAUCAGAAGCGUUAGAGCCCCAGUGACCAAACCAAACACAGGAGCGGCUGCUGUGCAGAAAGUGCCUGUUUGCGAUCGCUGUGGAAAUGGCAUAGUGGGCACAGUUGUGAAGGCGAAAGACAAAUUGCGCCACCCGGAUUGCUUUGUGUGCACGGACUGCAAUCUAAACUUGAAACAAAAAGGCUACUUUUUCGUAGAGGGCCAGCUGUACUGCGAGGCUCAUGCCAGAGCACGUAUGAGGCCACCAGAGGGAUAUGAUGCUGUCACCGUCUAUCAUUAAAUCAUUUAUUAGUGUCAAUAUGUAGGGCCAAGCUAUGAAAGAUUUUAAGAAAGCAAAGUCUCCCAGCACAUAAUAUGUGCAUUAUUAUUAUUUAAGCAAGCGACUCCUGUCAAAGAAUUAAAAUGGAGCCUGUGAUGUCAACUGAACAAAGUAAUUCCUGAUCAGAGGUUCCUGAUUGAGGUCUUCAUUAGAGAUUUUGUUUUGCUCAGCAUUUUUAUAAUUCUCCUGCUAAAUAUGUCAUGUUUUCAUCUAUAUAUUGGGUAGAUCAGAUUUUUAUCAUAUUAUAUUAGUGUGCUGGUGAGAAUGCAGGAAUUGGCUGUCCAUAUAUUGCAAUAUAUACAACCAAUAUAUAAUUUGCUAUACACGUACAUUGCAAACUGACUACGUAAAAGCCAUCCCUGGCCUACACUCAGGGUGAUGGUCAAGUUAAUUAUAUUGCGACAUGUAGACAAAUAAACCCUGUUUUUGCCAAAAUUACUUAAUAUCCUUUAACAUAUUAAUAUAGUGUAGCAGGUCAUUAUUCUGUUGCUUUAGGGAUACAUCCAUUUGUCACUAGAAGGAAGGCUUUGCUAUCAAUAUCAGAUCUUUGCUAGCCAUGGAUAACAAUUAGGAUAUAAAAAUGCUAAAAGUUAGAACAUCACACAAACUUAUUUUCAUGCAUUUCAUAGAAUACAUCUGUAUUGUAGUAACGGAGAGCACAAAACACAAUAUUGUACUUGAGAUUGUCCCUUGUGAGCUUUUGUCCACUAGUAUUAGUGAUGGCAUGACAAGCUCUUGGCUGUUACUGGGGGACAUCUUUCAUAGGCAACCUGCAUGUGGAGGGCCAUGAUCUUCCCAUGCCUGAGCUACAGUAUUUAACAGGGAGACAAAAGAAAAUAUUGCAGGAUAAGACAGGAGGCCUUUUGCAAACCUCACACUGUUAUCAUCAAUAACCAAGCCACCAAAUGUGGUUGAUAUGACAUCCUAUAAAAUCAUAUCAUUUAAAACAUAUGAAAAUUGUGCUAAAAGGGAUACUUCCAAAAAUACAAGAUGAACUGUAGCUCAUCGACACAAAUUGCUUUAUUGGUAGUCCUGCAGGGUAUCCUGUGUUGAUACCCUAAUCGAAUUGCUCAAAGAAGGUUGGUGUGAUUUUGGAUACACAUUUCCCCAAUAAAAGUUAUUUUUUUUAGUCUCAAACUACAGCUGUGGGUUUGUCCUGCACUCCAACCUUCUUAAAGGGAUACUGUCAUGGGAAUUUUUUUUAAAUGUCAGUAAAUAGUGCUGCUCCAUCAGAAUUCUGCGCUGAAAUUAAUGUUUAAAAGAGCAAUGAGAUGUUUUUAAACUUAAUUCUGACAUGGGGCUAGACAUAUUGUCAGUUUCCCAGCUGCCCCCAGUCAUGUGACAAAUGCUCUGAUAAACUUCAGUCACUCUUUACUGCUGUACUGCAAGUUGGCAUGUCCUCACCCCUCUCCCUUUCACCCCCAAUAGCCUAACAAAAGAACAAUGGGAAGGUAACCAGAUAACAGCUCCCUAACACAAGAUAACAGCUGCCUGGUAGAUCUAAGAAAAGCGCUCAAUAGUAAAAUCCAGGUUCCACUGGCGGGGCUGGAUUCCUCGGGCGGGCGCCCCUAGGCUGCGCGGUCCAACCGCCCGCACUCCCCCACCCCUGCCAUAAGCACCAGCAAAAGGGGAUGCACAGGUCCGCAUAAUGCAGUUGGGCGGCAUGCCGCCCCUUAUUUUUUGCCGCCCUAGCCCGGAGCCUAGGGCGGGGGCAUUUUAUAUUGUAGAGUGAAUUAUUUGCAGUGUAAACAGUAUAAUUUAGAAAUAAAAACUACAUCAUAAAAAUCAUGACUGAAUCCCUUUAAGAAGAACAAAGGUACUGGUGGACUUAAAUAUUUUACUUUGUACUUAAAACUGUACCUUUAUUACAACCAAUGAUGCCACUUUAUAUGUAAUAUUGACUUAUGCUUUGUGACUGCCAAUGUGUCAUUAGGUUAUUGGACUUACAAAGAGAAACAUAUUUUUAAAAUUGAAUAUUGUGUAAUAUUGUUAUUGGACAAUGUUAGAUAAUCUGUACACAUAAACUUUCACUGUGUUUGAAUUGCAAUAUGCACUGUAUUAACUGUAUCUGUUCUAAUUAAGUUAAUGCUUACAUUAUUUGCAUAGCCUUUCUAGGCUCCCAGCCAUUGCAAAUGAACAUCUAUUAUUUUGUUACAUAAUGGGGGGAAAAAUCUACAAAAAUAAAACUUCUUUGAUAAUGUG